AUGGCACAAGGGAAGGCUAUGGGGCAUUAUUUGCCAAUCACCGAUUUGGCGGUGUCUGAUAGGCAUGCGAGAUCAGGCGAACUGUUUUGCGAGCGGCAACACCAGCGAAGCGAAUUCAUUGACGACAUUUCUUCAACAGUCGCAACUGCCCUCACUGCUCUGUGCCCACAGCCUCACCGCCAUGGGAUUCCUGCAGCAUUCAAGAAGGACGACGAAAAGGUUGCGUGUAGCAGUAGUGGCGACACGGACGACGGUGCGACGCCAUGGCGUGCACUCUUCGCAGGACGCGCUCUCGCGGUCCAGCCGCGGGCACAGGCUUCGGAUAAGGAGGGCGCGCCGAAGAAGGGGCGAGUAGACACCCUCUUCGAUGGCUCCUUCGAAUACACCUCCUGGUACGUGGUGUUCAAUGAGCUCACGGCGCUCGGGCUCAAGAGCGUGACACCAGAGGAGGCAGCAGCCAUGGCAUAUGGCGACAGCGAGGCCGCGGAGGGCAGUGGGAGCGGGCGGGCAGUGCUGCUGGAUGUGCGCGAGGCGGGGGACUACGAGGAGGUGCACGCGCGCGGAGCAGCGAGCGCGCCGCUCUUCCGCCUCAUCCAAGGCAGCGACGUCACCGCGUGGGCUCGCCGCGUGGGGUACGCAACAAUGGGCGACUUCAAGGGCACGGAGCGCAAUCCGGACCUGCUCAAGCAGGCGGAGGCGGCGGUGGGGGGAGAUAAGAGCCGCACUGUGAUUGUGAUGUGCGGGCGAGGCGGCACGCUGCAGAACGUGUCGAUGCGCAAAGGCAUGGAGUUUAGGGACCCCGACAAGCGAUUCGGCAUCCAGUCCAGGUCUCUCAAGGCGUGCUACGAGCUGCAUGUGGCGGGGUUCACCAACAUCCUCCAUCUGGACGGCGGGCUCAACCUCUGGCUGCACAAGAAGCUGCCCUCCGAGCCUUAA